UCAUUGCACCACAGCCAUCCCUGUGAUGGUCUGUUCUUAAAGCGUUUUCACAUCUUGCAAUAUAAAUUUCACAUUCAUCGAUUAUUUUAAGCAUCCUAAUACUUUAGUUUUGUUCGGGUGACAGGUAUGUUACGGAAUUAUUAAAUAUGGAUUUAUCAUUUUGAAAAUUGAAUAAACCUCCGCUUGGAGCUUCGAAAUACUCUCAAGUGUCACACGAAGCAAAAUACAACACUGGACGCUUGAAAGAGUUUGAAAAAAAUGUUUGUUUAAAUAGCUUUAUUGAUAUGGUUAUUCGUAUUACAGUUUAUCCAUCUUCCGACCGCACAAGGCGGGUGUAUGUCUUACUGCACUGCAGCCCAUCACAGGACGCACAUGCUUUAAGUCAUUAAACUCUCUUACAUCUAAGUGAAAUCGGUUUUGGUUUCCCAAAUAUUACUACAAUUAAGUCCCCAAAAACUUUGCAGCUUUAAAUUUACAAGAACUCGUCAACUGUUCCAUAUUGUGAGUGCUUUGGCUAAAAAUCUCUGCCGAACACAUCUUAACGUUUGACCAACACAGAAAUUCCGUUCAGUGUAACUAUUACUUGACGAUGAGCAUUUAGGCUGUGAAUGAGCAUGGCUGCGGGGGACUCCCAGCUGCUGAUCGGUCUCUGCGACGUGCCGAUCGGUAAAAACUGCACGUCAACUUUUUCCACUAAUAAAAUCGGAGAUCUACCGGACCCUCUCCCUGCAGUUUCACUCCGACACCCUUAUUGCGCGAUCUGCGGCUCUGCGCUUGCGCACGUUGUGCAGGUGUACUGCCCCCUGGAGGCGUCUCGGUAUCAUCGCACCAUCAACGUGUUUGCUUGUCCUGAACAGCAAUGCAGUGGAAAAACCGAGAGCUGGAAAGUGCUACGGUCCCAGUGCCUAGAAUCAGAGAUCAAGGCAAAGAGUGACAGUCAGAGGAUGGAGUUGGCCCAGGUGAAGGAGCCUCCCAUGGCAACCAGUGACUGGUGUGAGGGUGCAGAUGACUGGGGCAUCGAAGAGGAGGAAGGGACAACCGCCAGCCCUGCACACAACCAUUUGAGCACUCAGAGCAGCUUUCUGCCUAAGCUGGACGUUAGCUAUGGGCUACAGGCCCUUACUUUGACAGAGGAACAUCAGUCUGCUUCUGCUAGGCCUGAGUUUGUGUUCCCAGAAGCUUGUGUGCCCAUCUUCAAGCCAUACUAUAUCUGUGUGGUGGAAGAGGGGGAUAUCGAUGAACAAACUGACAUGGAGGAUGCCCAGAGGCUGCUGCGCGAGUAUGAAAUGAGAGAGGGUGUAGCUGUAACGCAGCUAGAAAGUUUUGAAGGUCAAGGUGAGGUAGAGAGAUAUGAAAAGACUGACGCUAAACAUGGAGACAAGGUGUUCUCCAAGUUCAUGAAAUGCAUUUCCCUCUGUCCGAAGCAAAUCUUACGAUAUUCUUGGAACGGGGCACCAUUGUUCAUCACAGAUCCCAGCUCCAGUUUAACACAAACUGUACCACCCUGCAGUUAUUGUGGCAAUCCUCGAGUCUUUGAGUUCCAGCUUAUGCCUGCGCUGGUCAGUUUACUGGAGAGCAUUAAUUCAACAUCAGAGCUGCUGCUAGAAUUCGGGACAGUCCUGGUCUACACCUGCAGAGGUAGCUGCUGGCAGUCUGGCAGAGACUCACCCGCUGAAGAGUUUGUGUUGGUCCAGAAAGACCCUGAUCACCAGCUUUUCUCAGGACCUUGCUAAAACAAUGUGAAAUAAAUUGCUUUAUAUUCUUCCAAA